AUGAAACUCGUGAAAUUUUUUAUGAAGUUGACUCAUGAAACUGUAACCAUUGAAUUAAAGAAUGGAACACAGGUCCAUGUAACGAUUACAGGUGUGGAUGUCAGCAUGAAAACACGUCUUAAAGCUGGGAAAAUGACCCUGAAGAAUAGAGAGCCUGUCCAACUGGAGACAUUGAGUAUUCGAGGAAAUAACAUUCGGUAUUUCAUUCUGCCAGACAGCUUACCUUUGGAUACCUUACUUGUGGAUGUUGAACCUAAGGUGAAAUCUAAGAAAAGGGAAGCUGUCGUAGGAAAAGGAAGAGGCCGAGGUCGAGGUCGAGGAAGAGGACGCAGCCAUGGCAGAGGAAGAGGGGGGCUUAGGCGAUAA